CUCGCGGUAGAGUUACAUUCCGUCAUGUGAUUAAAAAGGGGCAUUUUGUUGCUACUUUUCUACGCCGCUUCAUCCCCGGCUUCUAAGAGCGGGCUCCUCCAAGCAGAAGAGCGUCGUAAAUAAUAUUCGCACGCCAUCAGCAGUGAAGGAUACAGUAACAGUCCAGCCAAAAAGAUGGAUCCAACACCUGGUGACCCAUCAGCUGCAUUGCUUCCAUCCAGCCCAUCCCAGCGCUGCUCCCUUUUACCAGGGAAGAGGGGCUGGAGCCAUAGCCAUGUCUCCGGCUGGCAACGAGACAUGACACGCAAAGGGACAUGGUUCAGGACAAGCCAAGGAGUGGUGAACUUCAGUGGUACACAGCGAUCCCGAUCUCUCCCAUCUUCUUUUAGGUGCCGCCCAGGACCUCUGACUUUCAAACGCCACUUGGAGCACAGAGAUCAGGAGCCCAAUUCCAAGCAUUUUCUUUCAGAGGACAAGAUGGCUGCCCGCUUCAACUCCCUUAGCUUGGAAAAUGAUCACAUUUACAGUUCCAAUGGCUUCCCUAUCCACGACGAAGACCCCCAGUGGCAGCAGGCCUAUUCACGCCUGAAAGAGCUACAACAGAGGCUCUCCCAAGACAGAGCGCAGGACGAAACCUGCUCGGAUGACGAAGAUGAGCUCAACAACGUUAUUGUGGAUGGAGAAUACAUCAUGGGCGAGUGCCCCUUGCUGACGCACCCUUCUCUCUUACGAGCCGGACUUGGAGAAGUCGGUAUUACAGCUGAAGAACUGCUUCUUUCUCUGAAUCCUUGUACAGAGGUUGUCUUAUGGAGCCCUCACAAUAAGACAAGCUUACACACCAUUCGGACAAUGAUGGGCAUCCCCUCUUCCGCGAGCACCUCUGUAGAGGCCCAGCAAAAAGCGGCGGGAGCAGAAGAGGAAAUGGAAGUAUGAUGCUUUGAAGCCAGCCAUUUCUUCUACCAUGACCAGCCAGGCUUCCAACCAACAGCACCAUAUUUGAGUGAAAACAAAUGAUUUCCAUCCAUAUAACAACACCCUUGCUUUCAGUUCUAAUGAUCUGAUUUUCCUUUUUGCCUUCUCGUUAUGAAGCAUAUAAGCAACCUUUUAUUUUGCAUGUGGCUAUUGUGUGCUUUUCCCCUCUUCUAAUAAGAGGCCAUUAAAAACUAAAUGUGCAGCAGUGGUGUCGGUGCUAGAAUUUCCCUUGCGCUAUGUCCUUUUAAAGAUAUUUCAGAAUGGAUUUUUUGCACUCACCUGUUCUACUUUACCAAAGGGGAGUUUUUAACUUUCAUCUAAAAGGGAAAAAAUGCGAACCUUUACACUGAGGAAUUACUGCAGUUUGAUUCCACUUUAACUGCCAUGGUUCAAUAUCUAUGGAGUCAUGGUAGUUGUAGUUUUAAAAUACACUCAGCCUUCCCUGCCAAAGAGUUGUGGUGCCCCCCAAACUACAAAUCAUGAUUACAUAGUAUUGAACCAUGGGAGUUAAGGUGGUAUCAGACUGUAUUACCUUUACAGUGUAGAUGUAUCCUUAUGUAGUGUUAUCCCAGAAGCCAUCAAAAGUGUGACUGGGCAGCACCUUGGAGAAAUAAAGAGCAAAAGAAACUA